UGCCACGUGGGGAGGCGGCGGAGGUGCCGCAGGGGACGGCACAGGUAGUGCCAAAAAAGUUCGGGUGUCCAAGCCCGGACGGGACACCGGCAAAAGCAAGUUUUCGAUGACGCAGCGAUUGCAGAUUGUCAAGGAGGUCCAGGGCGGGGCUUAAGAGGAGCAUGGUUGGUGCAAAGUGGAACGUCGGUACUUCGUACAUCAUCAGCAAGUUGGUGGACCCGGAGAAAAUCGCUGAGCUUGAGAAAGUCCGCGACAUGGAGCUCAACCAGGACGCCCUCCGCGCCCCGAAGCCGGUACACGACGAAGUGGAAGAGAAACUACGCAAGUGGAUCAAGAUCGCACGAGAACGCUCUAAUGUAAGUACAUAUUUGGCAUUAGUCAUGUGUUGGUCAGGAUACAACUUGGUUGUCUAUACGCCUACACCUUUCCGCCCCUACACCUCCUCCCACUCUCGACCAAGCUGCUGGGCAACCAAGAUUGGCGUGAGUGGUUCGAUGAUCCAGGCCCAGGCCUUGAAGAUCGCGGCGCAGAUGGGGAAGGCCAACUUCAAGGCGACCAACGGCUGGCUACAUCGCUUCCUGAAACGCUACAGCUUCACUUACGUCCAAUUGCGCGGAAAAGCUGGCGACGUGGACAAGCAGAAGGUGGCAGAGGAGAUCGAGAGGAUUCGUGAGCAACUGCAGGAGUUCGACGUCGAGUUCAUUUUUAACAUGGACGAGAUGGGACUUUUCUUCCGCUGCUUCCCGAGAGGUACACACGUCACGAGGGGGCAGGCCGCCGCCGGCGUCAACAGCAAAACCGCGCGGGGUUCGAAGGCCAUGAAGGCCAAGGAUCGGUGCACGGUGGUCGCCUGCUGCAAUACGAUCGGGUCUCUGAUGGUGCCGUUGGCCGUCAUCAGCACGUCGAGAAAAUCGAUGAUUUUCCGCCACGUCCGCAAAACCGCCAUGUCCCUACUUCGCCCAGGAGAGUGCCUGGCUCGACGCAGCCAUUUGCCAGCGGUGACCUCAUCGAGGACUGGGACACCGUCNAUCCCCUUCGUCAAAGGCAAGACCUCCAAGAAGGAGGCCCUCUUGUGGGACAACUGCCCCGGCCACAAGAUCGAAAGCAACGACUCGCAGGUCGUCAUCAUCCUCUUGCCUCCGAAUGUCACUUCUAUCUACCAGCCCACGGACAUGGGCAUCCUGUUUGUACUCAAGUGCCAGUACAAAGCCGAGGUGGUGGCAAGGCUGGCAGACCUCAUCGAGGACUGGGACACCGUCCGUGCACGAAAAACCCAAAGAGGGUGCCGGGGCCUCAGCGAUGCAGGACAGGCGACAAUGCUGGACGUCACGGAGAUCUGUUCCCAGAAGUGGCACAUCCUUCCCAGGGAGCACUGCAACGUUCUCAAGGGCAUGGACACGCGGCUUGACCGAGAGGCCAAGGACGACGCGGCAAUCAUGGACGGCCUUUGUGACAUGGUCUCAAAAAUGUCGAUGCCAGCUAGCGCAACGGACUAUAGGUCCAUGCCGCGAGUGUUGACGAACAAUUUGUUUGUCGAGAAGGGCACAGACCUCACAUAGCAGGAAGUCCGAACGGCGGUC